CUUCCCUCUCCUCCCAUGCCCCCUCUCUCCUCUCACACAUGACCUGUCCACCCAGCCCAGGGGGAGGACAUACAACCCAACAAGCCCAUCUCGACCUUCUUGCUCUUUCUCCAUUCGCCUGCUUCAAAGACUCACUCAUCCUCUUGCAUACGAGCAAGACGGCCAAGACGCUCACGGCGUGAAUCCACAGCCGGUAGCGACGAGGCGUCUCUCACUCCCUCCCUGCCAUUCACAAUGGCAGCCACAGCUACCUCCCCUGCUGGCACCCCUCCGACGCCGCCCACUGGACUUCCCGCCUUUGCGCGCGUGACCUCGGCAUCGCUUCUUCAGCGUAAUGCCUCGACGUCGUCGUCCAUCUCGACCACGACAUCGGAGUCCUCUUCAUCGCUUGUGGCUGUCCCUAUUCGUCCCCCGCCAAUUCAGACUCGCACGGCCGCCACCCCCGAAGCACAGCUUCCCAGCGAUGUUGCUGCCGACUACCGCGAACCGGAGCUCGCCGGUAUGUAUGGCGGCAGAGGCUUCGCGCGUAACGGUCCCCGCAUGGCCCGGCAAGCAACCGAGCCCCCGCGAACCAUCGGAGCGGGUGGGCGACACACCCCAUCUAUUGUCACCACCGACACUGGCCGCUCCCCAUCGCUUCCCCCGAAUCUCAGUCCCACCACCCCUCGGGCGAAGCGUCUGCCCCUCCCCGAAUCUAUGAUGGGCCCCCAUUCGCCGCAGGCGCUGCGCGUCACUGUUGGAGAUGACGACGGUCCCGGGACGCCCGCGCGUGCACACCACACGGGUUCAGCUCCGGGCACGCCAACAACUCUUCGCGGUGUCCCCAAAUCCCGCAACCAAAGUAUGGAUAGCAGCCAUGUCGCGCUGUCGGAGCGCGAGAGGCGCCAGAGUCAACUCUCGACUCAGUCCAACGGCUCGGCCGCCUCAAAGAGACCUUCCUUGAGAGAUUACAUCCUCGGCGAGGAGCUUGGGCGUGGAAGCUACAGCACGGUUGUCCUCGCCACUGCAGCACCAAGUGGGGCGCUCUCCGCGAAUCCGCGUGGCCCCGCCCAGCAAUUCGCUAUCAAAAUCAUGAACCAGGCGCAUCUCAUCCAGGAGAAGAAGGCAAAGUACGCCCACAUCGAACGAGAUGCUCUAAUCCGGCUCUCUCUGCCCAGGACGUCAAUCUCGUCCUCAGUCCGCGCGGGGCACCGCCGCGGCCUGUCCAACUCCUCUGCGGGUGGUGGACCGAACGUGGGCCCCAACCGCCGAAGUGGCCCUCACCAUCUUCGCGCUGACAGCGGUGGCGCGUCUUCUGCUGUGACACUCAUGGCAUCACCGUCGGGUGGGGUCCGCGAUCGGCCCAUCACCAGCGCUGACUCGCCGAACAUUGGCACAAUACCUCUAUCGCCAUUAAUGUCGAGUGGUCGGCUCGGGGCGCGUACGACAGAGCCGCAAGAGAUCCUCGAGGAUACGCCCCGCAGCCGGCCCCCAUCCCCUGUCAAGGAGGAAUCCAGUGAUGGCCACUCGGACGGGGGCACCACAUCAGAGCCGGUUCAGCUCCACCCAAGAAGGGAAGGCUCGACCGACCCCGACUCGAUGCGCAUGCGCACUCCGCGCAAACGCCGGCAGUCUCUCGCUCCGUCCGAGCGUAGCGCGCGCAGUUCCAAGUCGGUCACGGGUGGCUCGCAGGUGUUUGGUCACCCGGGCAUCAUCAGGUUAUACUGCACAUUUGCCGACAAGACCAGUGUCUACUAUGUCCUCGAGCUCGCCAGCAAUGGUGAACUUGCCGCUGUAAUUCGCAAGUAUGGCUCGCUGGACUUGGCUUCAACUCGGUAUUAUGCGGCGCAGCUUAUCGACACCCUCGAGUUCAUUCACGAGCGCGACAUUAUCCAUCGUGAUGUCAAGCCAGAGAACAUUUUGCUGGAUAACUCAAUGCGUCUCAAAGUCACAGACUUCGGGAGCGCAAAGAUCCUCGGUCGGAAGGAGGAGCCUAGCGAGACAAGCAAGAGGUCAUUCGUGGGUUCUGCAGACUAUGUCAGCCCGGAGGUUCUGCGGAGUGAGCCCGCUACAUUUGCCUCUGACAUCUGGGCGUUUGGAGUGGUUCUUUUCGACUUCAUCACUGGCAAAUCGCCUUUCCGAAGCGCCACAGAGUUCCUCACCUUCCAAAAGGUAUUGAAGCGGGAGCUGGAGUUCCCUGAGGGAUUUGACUCCGCCGCCCGCUCGCUCGUCGAGCAUUGUCUCGAUCUGGAGCCGAAGGGACGGCCCUCUCCGCAGGAGAUCAAGGCCCAUCCCUUCUUUGCCGGCAUUGAUUGGAACAACAUCUGGUCUGCACCUGCGCCCAAGAUUAGGACUGGCAUGUCUCCGCCCCAGAAAACGCUCGCACAGGUCGCACUAGAUUCAGAUGUGUGGGCUGCGUUUGAGGAUGACGAAUCGGACGACGAGUUUGGCGACCACAGCCAGGAGCCUCAGUAUGAUCGCUUUGCUGCUGCUUCGGCUGUCAAAGCAGUAGACUACCCCGAGGACGAGUUCGACCCUCCGCGUCCUGCUUGGCUCGUAGAGGAAGUUGGUCCGCGCCCUCCUCGUGAGCCCAAACCUCGCGGGUGGUCAACGAGUUCGAGCUCGAGCGGUGGGAGGCUGAGCGGUCUGCUUGAUACAAUGGGCAUUAACCCCACGUUCGCCAAUCGUGCUGGAUCGGGACGCGUAAGCCGCACCAGCGACCGCGGAUCGUAUGAUGAUCGCAGCCCGUCGCGGUCCCGUACAAGCUCCCCCGAGGCCAGGUAUCGGGGCGUAGCUCACACGGAUAACAGUCGGUGGAUGCCCCUUCUCGUUGCCAACGAGAGAAUCGUCCUUUCCACGGCCAUGUCCGUGAAGCCAACGAAUGCCGUCCCUCUGCCUUCGUUCCUGCUACCGUCGGCCAAGCGACGCCAGCUCAUCAUGACCGAUCUUCCUCGCCUCCUCGCUGUCAAGGACGAUCCCGAAACCGGGGAACCCAGGGUCAAAACUGAGUUCCAGUUCGUUUCUCACCCUAUAUCGAGUCACAUGAAGGCCGCCGUGUAUAAUCACGGCGGCAGAGAUCGAGACGAAUCAGCCAUUCAGUAUAUUCUCGAGGUUCAAGAAAAGGGCAGCAAGCUGUUUAUCCUCCAGACGGGUGGUGUAACUCUGUUGUACAAUUCUCAGCCUUCAUACAUCUACGGCACGUGAUAAUGCAUGAAUCAUAAUUGCGGUUCCC